AUGUCCAAUCAACAGGAUUCUUGGUCUUCCCAACAGCGUCCGAUUGGUCAACAAUUCAAUCGCCAACAUCCGCCAGUUCUACCACCACCAGCAACGUUGGAGCAAGGAGGUCAACAGUUUUAUCCCUUGCCUAGUUUGCCGAGCCUUGGUAAUGGAAGUAGCCAUCCACAACAUGGACACCAAUUCACAAUCCCCUCGAUCAAUCCUGUGAAUGAUCCAGUACAACUUGGACAGAAUUCGGACCAUUCUAGACAGGGUGCCGAGAUUAGAAGGCCAUCUGGUGUAGGAUUUGGUACUCCUGGAAGUGCCCCAUUGCCACCCCCGGCAUCAUUAACCAAUAUGAGUUCGGAAGCACUGAUUAUUAACAACGAUAUCGGUUCAUCGCAACAACAACAUGUUCACCAACAACAACCACAGCAACUGAUUCCUCCACAGCACCAACAUCAACAACAGAACUCAUCCAGCACACCUCAACUUCAACACCAUCAAGUCUCACCAUUGGGUGGUAACUCUGCUGCUGCUGCUGCUGCUGCUGCUGUUGCAGGCCUUCCGAAUAGAUCCUCCACGACCAAUGUUUAUAGACCGUUAAAUGUCAAGGAUGCUUUAUCAUACUUGGACCAGGUUAAGAUUCAAUUUUAUAAUCAGUCAGAGGUCUAUAACAACUUUCUUGACAUUAUGAAAGAUUUCAAGUCACAAAGUAUUGAUACUCCAGGUGUCAUUGAUAGAGUAUCUACUUUGUUCAAGGGCCACCCUAAUUUAAUUCAGGGCUUCAACACGUUUUUGCCUCCAGGGUAUAAGAUUGAGUGUUCCAUGGACCCAUCAGAUCCCAAUCCUAUUCGAGUAACUACCCCUACUGGAACAACUACACGCCCAAAUAUUUCAGUGGUUUCCUACAAUCAAGGUUGGGGCAAUGACGAAGCCUCCGCUGUGGCUACUGCUGCAACCCAGCAACAACAGCAACAACAACAACAACAACAGCAGCAGCAGCAGCAGCAGCAAGUUAAUGACCCCGCUAGCCAAGCAAAUGGCUCUGGCCAAAUCGACUUCAACCACGCAAUCACCUAUGUGAAUAAAAUUAAAACCAGGUUCGCUAAUCAGCCAGAUGUAUACAAACAUUUUCUUGAGAUAUUGCAAACAUAUCAGAGAGAACAAAAGCCUAUUGCUGAGGUUUACGAGCAGGUCACAGAAUUAUUCUCAAAUUGCCCUGAUCUUUUAGAUGAUUUUAAGCAAUUCUUGCCAGACACCAGUAACCAAAGUUAUGCCCAACAGCAAGCACAGGAAAAAUACUUUGUUGGAAACGGAACUCAGUUACCACCAGUGGGAAACUUUGGGCCCAUUGGUGCCAGCCCUUCUCAUUCUCCAUACGGGCAGCAAACUCAACGUGUGCAGGGAGUCCCUGGUGCUGCCUUAGACCAGCAAAAGGGUGGUUUUGAACCUGCUUCGGUUCAGAACAUUUCGCGGAAAAAGUCUGCUGUGGAUGCGGAGGCCGAGCAUUAUAACCAAGAAGUUCAAUAUUCGGGUGUUCGUUCUGGUUUGGCUGAUCCUAGACAAAAUAAGACACUCUCGCGUCCGGGUGGUAUUGUCGGUCCAGUUGCUACUGCUCCGCCUGUCAACCCUACUUUAAUUCCUGGUAUUCCAGAACCUGUUCUUCCUCCAGGAACUGCCAAAUCGUCGUCACUUUCGGAGGAGAUCAGCUUUUUUGACAAAAUUAAGCGUGCUUUGGGAAACAAACAGACUUAUGGUGAAUUUUUGAAACUUUUGAAUUUAUUUACACAGGACAUUAUUGACAAGGAUACUUUAGUGGAACGUGUGGAUGCAUUUUUAGGUGACAAUAACGCCGAUUUGUUUGAGUGGUUCAAAUUGUUUGUUGGAUACGAAGAUAAACCUCAGAAUUUGGAAAACAUUACCUUCAAAAAGCACGCAUUGGAGCUCUCAUUGUGUAAGGCUUAUGGACCAUCUUACAGACAACUUCCAAAGGCCGAAACAUUUAUGCCUUGUUCAGGCCGUGAUGAAAUGUGUUGGGAAGUUUUGAAUGAUGAGUGGGUUGGUCACCCCACCUGGGCUUCUGAAGAUUCUGGUUUCAUUGCUCAUCGCAAGAACCAAUAUGAAGAAAUUUUGUUUAAAAUUGAGGAGGAAAGACUUGAGUUUGACUAUUACAUGGAAUCGAAUUUGCGAACCAUUCAAAUAUUGGAAACGAUUGCAAACAGAAUUGCAAACAUGACUCCGGAACAAAAAGCAAAUUUCAAAUUGCCUCCUGGCUUGGGUCAUAAUUCAACUACAAUUUAUAAAAAGGUAAUCAGAAAGAUAUACGACAAAGACCGUGGAUUUGAGGUGAUUGAUGCGUUACAUGAGAACCCAGCAAUUGCAGUACCUAUUGUGUUGAAAAGGUUGAAACAAAAAGAUGAGGAAUGGAAACGUGCUCAAAGAGAAUGGAACAAGGUCUGGAGAGAAAUGGAGCAAAAAGUUUUUUACAAGUCUUUGGAUCACUUGGGUUUGACAUUUAAGCAAGCUGAUAAGAAAUUGCUUACGGCUAAGCAAUUGGUGAGUGAAAUUAGCACCGUCAAAGUGGAACAACAAAACAAGAGACUCCAUCCACUUACCCCCAAGCCACAAGAACAACUAAAUUACGAAUUCGGGGACGAUGACGUUUUGUUUGACAUCAUAAAACUUGCAAAUGUUUUUAUAAAUCGUUCAUCGACAUAUUCAGCGUAUGAUAGGCUGAAAUUGACCCAGUUCUUUAAAUUUUUCGUGUCCUUAUUUUUCGGGAUCCCUACUGAGACUGUCGAGGAAGCUUUAACCAAGAGAGGAGAUGUUGAAAAUACCGAGGAGAAUGGGGACGAUGAUGAACCUCAAAAUGUGCAGAACAACCUACCUGAGUCUUCAAAGAAGAGAGGCCGUGAGUCAGACUUGUUGAAGGAUGUAUUGAAGAAGGCUUCGAAGUCUAAAAAGGAUGAUCGAGCGGAUUCUCCGGGACCCCAAUCAUUGGAAAGUAUUGCGCAAGAAUUAAACGAGGAGCUUGAAAGAUCGAGCGAGUUGUGGGUAAAAACAGCCAAUACCAAGCAUUCGCAGUCUGAUGUAUCCUCCCAGAAGAAGCGCAGCAAGUUUAAUUUGUUCUGCAAUACCACGAUCUAUGUGUUUUUCCGCCACUUGAGAACAUUGUACGAAAGGUUGUUGGAGAUAAAGAAGAUGAACGAGGGUGUUGGUAAUGAUAUAAGGAACCGCAAGUACCCUCAAUUUGCAAAAGAUUUGAACCUUGUUUCACAUCAAUUAGAAGAUAUGGGUGUCAACAUCGUUGGAACAAAAGACUGCUACCAGCAAGUUCUAAGCUUGGCUAGUAGGUUGAUUGAGGGCGACAUUGAGCAUCAAUGGUUUGAAGAGAGUUUGCGUCAGGGAUACAAGAAUAAAGCCUACAAGAUGUAUACAGUGGAUAAGGUUAUCCAAGCUUUGGUAAAACAUAUGCACACCAUGAUCACAGAUACAAAAGCCUCUGAAAUUAUAGUGCUAUUCGAGAACGAUCGAACCAAACCUACUUCCAGUGCAAAGGAACAGAUCCUUUACCGUAUACAAGUACGCAGUUUAAUGUCAUCUGAUGAGAAUAUGUUCAAGAUCACAUACAAUGAGGAUACGUGCAAGGCCAACAUUCUGUUUAUUAGUUUGGAUGACCUCACAUUGAAUGAUCAAGAAAGCACCGAGGAACAAUACAACUACUACGUCACCAGCUACAUCAUGUCUCACCCUACUGAAGGAGUCUCUGCGUCAAAGUUGAAUAUGCCAUUCUUGAAGUCAUUUAUUGAACUGGUUGAUGAGGAUGAUGUAGAAGGACGUGUUGCUUCAGAAUUGAAAGUGUCGGUUUGUGAAAAUUCGUACCGCUUGUACUUUGAAGGCGGGUCGCAUGACGAAUUUGUUUCCAAUACAGUCUACAAAAAACAGGCUGAUGAAACAUCGAACAACAAAGACAAGAUUAAGUCCUUGAGAGAUUUGGUUGACGGUGAAUAUGGUUGGAAAUCGACUUUGGAAGAGGGAGAGAAUGAAGCUGAUGUCGAAGGUGCUACUCGUAUAUUGUUUGAGGAGGGGGGUUCUAAAUACAAGGAUCAUUUGAAGGAGUUGAGCUCAAAGGAGGAUGCUGAAAAAGAAGCUGCUGAAAAAGAGGAUGCGGCGGGUGUUAACGUUGACGGUGCGAGGGAGAACGAAAAAGGAGAAGAGUCUUUUGUUGAAAAGAAAGAUGAAGGUGAAACCAAGGAGGAGGAUGUAAAUUAG